UUCUUCUCUGCAUUGCGUUGGUUCAUCCCUCUUCGUCUGUUUGGUGCGGUGUGACCUUUUUGGUCUUUUCAUCAUCAUCAUCAUCACUCUUCUUCUCCCCUUCUUCCUUCUCAAUCCAAUCACACGGUCCCUCUUCUCCCACGUCAUCUUCGUCUUCUUCAUCCCCUCCUUGCUUUUCUCCCCUCACUAUAUAACACCAUUUUAGGGUUUCACAGGCCACAACCACAAAUCUCGUUCCGUUCUUCAUCGCACUGCGCCACCACCUUCUUCUCCAUUCUUCCCUCAUCCUCCUCCUUCCACUUCCUGCUUCCUUCCUCAAUUCAAUCAACGCUCUGUCUCCUCUCGCGAUUGAGGGUUUUGAUUUGAUUGAGAUUUGUUCGAAUUUUUGAAAUUGGGUCUCUGGAAGCUUUUUUGGCGGCAGUUUUAUGUGAUUCAUGGCAAUUGAGAAGAACAGCUUUAAGGUGACGAGGCUUGAUUCCGAGGGUUCGCCCUUGAGUAGGGAAACUAUGUCUAGUGAUGAGGACGAGGCUCGGCGGGGAAACUCUGCUGUUGAGUCUGAUGAUGAUGAUGAUGAGUUUGAUGAUGCUGACUCCGGGGCAGGGUCUGAUGAUUUUGAUUUGCUGGAAUUGGGUGAGACAGGGGCAGAGUUUUGUCAGAUUGGGAACCAGACUUGCAGCAUUCCGUUGGAGCUUUACGAUCUUGCAGGACUUGAGGAUAUACUGUCCGUGGAUGUGUGGAAUGAAAUCUUGAGUGAGGAGGAGAGGCUUGAACUUGCCAAGUAUUUGCCCGACGUGGACCAGGAGACUUUCGUUCAGAGCUUGAGAGAGCUGUUUACUGGUUGCAACUUACAUUUUGGGAGUCCUGUUAAGAAGUUGUUUGAUAUGCUCAAGGGUGGCUUGUGUGAGCCGAGGGUUGCCCUUUACAGGGAGGGCUUGAAUGUUUUUCAGAAGAAACAGCACUAUCAUCUCUUGAGGAAGCAUCAGAACAACAUGGUUAGCAGUCUUUGUCAGAUUAGAGAUGCAUGGCGUAACUGUAGGGGAUACAGCAUUGAAGAAAGGCUUCGUGUCCUUAACAUUACGAGAAGUCAAAAGAGUUUGAUGUAUGAGAAGGAAGAUUUGGAGGCUGAUUCUUCAGAUGAAGAGUCUGGGGAAGUUAUAUGGAGUAGGAAGAACAAAGAUAGAAAAAGUGCCGCUCAGAAAACGGGCCGAUAUCCUCUCCAUGGGGUGGGUUCAGGUUUAGAGCUCCAACCACGUGGACGAUCAGCAGUUUUGGAACAAGAAAAGUAUGGAAAACAAAACCCUAAAGGCAUACUCAAGUUGGCCGGUCCAAAGAUACCUUCAGCAAAGGACCCAACAGGUAAUUUUUCUUCUGCCUACCAUGCUUUGGAUAUGAAUCCUGGUCUUAAUGGUUCAGCUUCUGCACUUUCUAAACUGAAUAAGUCAGUAGGGUACGAUUCCGGGUCAAUGCUCAGGAUGAGGGAUCAGCUGAACGGUGACAAUGAUGAUGAGGAAAUAUCAUAUGGACUUGGCAUUCAUCGAGAUCGUAAUGUAUCACGUGCCAAUCUGAUGAUGGACAAGUCUAGUGAUCCGAGAGUGGGAAGGAGGCAUGACUUCCUCAGAGGUGAUGAACCAGAUACGGACAAUUUGAUGGGCCUUUCUAUGUCUUCAAAGACUGAUCUACAUGGAUACACUAGAAAUGCAAGCCAAUCUUCUGAUAUGAAAUUGUUCACAAAGCCAUCUUCUAAGAGAGGUUCCUAUAAUUUACCAAGAAAGGGUAAGUACCCUGAAAAUGUUCAACAAUUUGUAGGUAGUGAUCAGGUGCAGUCUAGGUUGAGGGGUUCACAGGGUUCACAAUUACUACCUAAAGUCGACAUGGUUGAUUCAUCAGAUUAUGAUGAACGUUUCUGGAACAACAAAACCUUACGACAGGAAUUUGGUAUGGAUUCAUCAUUUAAGUAUGAUGAUUGGAACCUAAAGAGCAAGAAAUGGAAAGCAGGGAGACAUUCUCCUGAUCUCAAAUACUUAGCUUAUAUAUCUUCCUCACCACCAGUCAGUGAUAGGCUUCUCUCUGACUUCAGAGGAAAAUCAUUGCAAGAGAAGUCCAGAGGGACUUUUUUGCAGAAUGGAGGUAAAGAUUCAAAGGCUUUGAGGGGUAACCAGAUGCUUUUAAGAAGUGAAGAAACUGAAUCAGACUCAUCAGAACAGUUGGAUGAUGAUGAGGAUAACACUCCUUUGUUGCAGAGUAAAUUUGCUAACUCAAUUGGUGCUGCUGCUGGCUUUCGGACAAAACCAUUGAAGUCUAAGUACCUAGACCGUAAGAAGACCAAAUUUGUUGGGACAGAUAUGGAGGUGCAUGACAUCACACAAUCCAAAAGAAAAGUCGGCUUUGCAGAGCAGGGGCACAUACACGGUGCAGAAACGUACCUUUCAAAAGCAAAGCAGAAGGGUGAAAUACGCAGUGGUGGUUAUCUGGCUGGUAAAAUCCUUGAAGAAAGCUAUCCCUCAGGAUCAGAUAUGCUCAAUGAUGGUGAUGAUGAUUGGAGACAGCUAUACAAAACAGGCAAGAAUGGCCCAAUACGAGGGGAACCUCUUGAGGGGUUAGACAUGCUCUUGUCAAGUGCAUACUUAGCUGAGCGAAAGAAGAAAGGGAGAGGUGGUCUGUAUUAUCAUGAUCAUGUUGGUGAUGAGGAUGACUCGCUUGAAAAUCAGUUGGCUGUGGGGGUUGGGCAGAGUAGGUUUGGGAGAAAAGGGCAGAAGUAUGUUUCAUAUGAGGCACCGUUACUUGGUUGUAGCUCUGCUAUGAAGAAGCGGAAAAUGAAAUGUGAUGCAUCAGAUCUUGGUGGAAAAGAUGAAGAUGCUAAUCUUCUUUCAACCAAUUUUCUCCAAAUAGACGAUUCAACUCCUUUGAAAAGAAAAUCAAAGAAAAAAACAGAGGCUGUAAUGGUUAGUCCAAAAAUGGAAAAUUCUGAAGUGCUUGUUACUGAUACGGGGACAGCAGAUAUGGAACUGGAAACUAAGCCACAGAAGAAGACAUUUACUUUGAUCACACCCACUGUUCAUACUGGAUUUUCAUUUUCUAUUAUACACCUUCUUUCAGCAGUCCGCAUGGCUAUGAUUAGUCCACUUGCAGAAGACAGUUUAGGAGUGGGGAAUCCCAAACAAGAGCAAGACAAAGCACAAGAAGACGGUGUCAAUGGUGUUCUUUCUAAUGAUAAGGUGGUUGCCAAUUGUGAGCCUGCUGACCAACUGAACACACCUUCUCUCACUGUUCAAGAGAUUGUUAAUCGUGUAAAAUCCAAUCCUGGUGAUCCUUGCAUUCUUGAAACACAAGAGCCACUGCAGGAUUUGGUCAGAGGUGUUCUCAAGAUAUUUUCUUCCAGAACAGCACCCUUGGGAGCUAAGGGUUGGAAGGCACUAACAGUUUAUGAAAAAUCUACCAGAAGUUGGUCAUGGACUGGUCCAGUUUCCCAUAACUCAUCUGACCUUGAUACUGCCGAGGAGGUGACGUCUCCUGAAGCUUGGGGUCUUCCUCAUAAGAUGCUUGUCAAGUUAGUUGAUUCCUUUGCCAAUUGGUUGAAAUGUGGUCAGGAAACGCUCCAACAAAUAGGAAGCCUUCCUGCACCACCUUUGGCAUUGAUGCAAGUCAACCUUGAUGAGAAGGAAAGGUUUAGAGACCUGAGAGCCCAGAAGAGUCUUAACACCAUAAACCCUAGUUCAGAGGAAGUGAGGACUUAUUUUCGUAAGGAGGAAGUUCUCAGGUACUCAAUUCCUGAUAGAGCGUUUUCUUAUACUGCAGCUGAUGGUAAAAAAUCAAUUGUGGCACCUUUGAGAAGGUGUGGUGGUAAACCAACAUCAAAAGCCCGAGACCAUUUUAUGUUGAAACGUGAUCGUCCUCCGCAUGUUACAAUUCUUUGUCUUGUCAGAGAUGCAGCUGCUAGGUUGCCUGGAAGUAUUGGCACUAGAGCAGAUGUUUGUACAUUAAUUCGAGACUCUCAAUAUAUUGUUGAAGAAGUUUCCGAUGCACAAAUCAACCAAGUAGUUAGUGGAGCCUUGGAUAGAUUGCAUUAUGAACGUGAUCCUUGUGUACAAUUUGACGGGGAAAGAAAACUGUGGGUUUAUUUGCACAGAGAAAGAGAAGAAGAAGAUUUUGAGGAUGAUGGCACUUCAUCCACAAAGAAAUGGAAGAGGCAGAAAAAAGAUCCUGCAGAUCUAACGGAUCAAGGAGCUGUAACUGUUGCUCAGCAAGGAACUGAGGAGCAAGGCGGAUAUGAUUUAUGCUCAGAUCUCAAUGUCGAUCCGCCAGUCAUUGACGAUGACAAAGGAGUGGAAUUUUUGUCUAGUGAUACCAGACCAAACGCAGAGGACCAUGUUGAUGUCAAUCCUGCAUCUGAAGAAGGCAAUGUUUGUGAGGGUAAUUCAAUGGCUUGGGAGGCUCUCAGCUUAAAUCCUACUGCCACAGGAGAGUUAUGCCAAGAAAAUUCAACAAAUGAAGAUUUUGAUGAGGAAUCCUUCGGGAGGGAAAGGCCUGUUGGCCUACUAAGUGCAAGCCUAUAGAGAAGAAUUCUACAGGGUUAAGUCCAUUGGCAUUGGAGAGUUCAUCCGUUCCUGGUAGCAACUGUGCUUGUAUAUAAUGCGGGCGCAGUAGCAUCUUUGUAUAUUUUGAUUUGAUCGAAAAGAAUAGAAUAGAAUAGAAUGUGAUCUUGUUGAAGAAGAUCAUGGAAUUUGGUUAGCAUAGCUGGAUGUUUUCAUGGCUUUACACAUCCUCUCAUAAAUAAUAGCUUUUGGGUCCCAAUUAGCUUCUCAAGGAGCUCCUUCAUGUGGCGUUGUCUUUUGCGUCUCAAAAUUCUUAUUUUAUCUGUAUAUAUAGUUCCAUUAUGACAUGAUGAUGUCAAUACAUCCAAUAAAUCUUUUUUACCCGAA